AUGUUUCUCAAUCUCUUUCGGUCCAAAGAAGCCAGAAAAAGGAAGGAGGCAGAAGCCAUAGUGGUUAAACGACAACAAGAUGAGCGCAAGAAACAACUAGCCGCUGCCGCUGCUUACAAGCCAACAUACAUUCCUUGGUCUACCACAUCGGCCAGGGUUGCACCAUCCACCACUGCAAGUAGUACCAAUUACUACUACGGGACCGCGGCUGGGAGUGGCAACUACGAUUCAGGUGCUGGGACCAGUAGCCAUCACCAUCACCAUUACCAUCCUGGGGGCGGGGGCGGUGAUCAUUCGGGCGGCCAUUCAGGCGGUCAUUCAAGCAGCAGCGAUUCUGGCGGUGGAGGCUUUUCUGGAGGAAGUAGCAGCGGUGAUUCAGGGGGUAGUAGCGGAGGAGACUCUGGAGGUGGUGGAGGUGGCUGCUAG